AAGAUUCUGCUGCGAGAUCUGAAUAAACUUAAGUUAUAUAUCGUCUAUGCAUUCGUUGCAGGAGUAAAAUGAUAAGUCUAAAAGUAUUUAUGAUUUUUAUAGCUGUGUCAACAGUGGCUUUAGCCUUUAAACCCCCAGUAAUAUUCGAUAAGAUUUCCGAUUACUUCUCAAAUGAUAUAUCAAACGAGUGUCGCCCGUGUCUAUUUAAAGUGGGAAUAAGAGAGAAGGCAAAGCUAAGAUAUCUCCAGAAGAAAGCCACAUCGAGAGACAAGUUGAUCGAUGAAUUGACCAGAGCUCUUAAUAAGAACCAAAUAACUGUUAGAGGAACUGAGGGGGAAUCACUAUCAGAUAUAAGAAUCUGUUAUAAUCAAGUAUCCAAAGCACAAAGUACACCGUUCCAUAGAAUAGAAACAUCAAUUCCCAAAGAGAGUGAAGAUAAAUAUGAGCAAAAAUCCAGACAAAUCGUUAAUGAGUUAGUGAAAUGCCAGAACGAUUUGAAUGAGUUGUCACUACAAAAUGUAGACAUGUUGAGCAUUCUACAACGAAAUAACGAGAGUGUGGCAGCUUCAGUGGCUCGUCGCAGACAAUGCGAGAGCGAGAGACUUGCACUUACCAAUGAAAAAUCAGCAUAUAUCGAGCAGCUCUUAAGUAAAACAUACGAUAUCUUUCAAAAAAGCGUAAGUCUGCAAGCGGUCCAACUCCCGCAAGAAAACAAAAAUUUGGAGGAAACCAGCACUGAAGAAUCCCUGGACGAACCAUAUGAUGAAACGAAGAAUAUUUACAACGAAUUGGUAGAAAAAAAUAUGAGACUCUUGAAAGUACUGGAAAAUGAACCAGAUGAUACAGCUGAAACUGAUGAGGACACAGAUGAAGAUGGAGAUGAAGCUGCAGAUAAAGACAAUGAAGACGACUAAAAUAUUUCGACAUAUUUUGUAGUUGCACAAUAAAACAUUGCUUAACUAAUCAAAUUGUUAUUAAAAUGUGAUUAUCCAGCAAACUAUUUGUGUUUCUUAAUUUAAUGUAUGUUAAAUAGAAAUUGUGAACAUAUAUGACAAA